AUGCUGCAAUCCAACUGCACUGCGGUAGACCCGAACCCAGACUCGCCUUGCAAUGCCGCAUACUCUUCAUAUGGCUUCCAGCCAGCACUGUGGACAGGUAUCCUCUUCUGCUGCCUCUUUGGCAUCGAGAUGAUCGUCCACUGUGGGCUGCUCGCCUACCACCGCCUCUUCCCGCGCUUCAUGUUCAUCGCAAUCGUCGGCGCUGCGGGCGAGCUGGCAGGCUGGAUCGCGCGUACCUACGGACAUCACGACCCCUUCGACCGCAACGGCUACAUCGCCCAGAUCAUCUGCCUCAUCCUCAGCCCAGCAUUCAUCAGUGCGGUCAACUACGUCGCCCUUCAGAACGUCAUGGACGUCUACGGAUCCAAGUGGUCGCGCAUCCCGCGCAAGUGGUACGUCCUCGGCUUCUGCGCAGGCGACUUCUGCUCUCUCGUCGUCCAAGCCGUCGGCGGCGCGCUGUCGGCGGAAGCAGAGACCGAGGAUGCCGUCAAUCUGGGCAAGUCAAUCAUGAUCGCCGGUGUCUCGAUCCAGGUGGCCGUCACGGCACCGUUCCUGCUUCUCUACCUCGACUACAACUUGCGCCGUCUGCGCGAGUGGUCCAAAGCCGGCAUCCCCAAGCACGAGCGACCGUACCCCAAGGUGGAGAUCUUCAAUGGCGUGAUCGGAAUCAGCACACUCUUUGUGCUCAUCCGAUGUAUCUACCGUAUCGUCGAGAUGGCCGACGGCUGGGUCGGCUACCUGGCCACCACCGAGGUCUACUUUGACGUGCUCGAUGCACUCAUGAUUGUGAUCGCCAUUGGCGUCUUUAUCCCAUUCCAUCCCGGCUGGUAUCUGCCCAAGGACAUCAAGCGGGGCGCCAUGGGCUACAACGCGGCCGACAUGAUCACGGGCGAGAAGAUGCCCAAGACGAACACCGAGCUCUCGCAGGAGAGCAUGGCGCCGACAGCCACGCCUUCGGCCGCCACCUCCAGCAGCGACCACAGCCCUGCAUGA